GACAGAGCAAGCAUGAGCAUCAAGACUGGGGCGUCGGCGUGGUUCCAGAAGGAGAUUGUGCUCACGGCACCGUCGCGCGGCUUUCAUUUGGUGACGGACGAAGUGUACAAGCAGGUACCUGAAAUACGUAGCUUUACGGUGGGCAUGGCGACGCUCUUCGUCAAGCACACGUCGGCAUCUUUGUCGCUCAACGAAAACUGCGAUCCCGAUGUGCGAACUGACAUGGAAGGCGCCAUCAAUCGGAUCGUCCCCGAGAGCUGGAACCGCGAUCUGUUCUGCCACACGAUGGAAGGCGAUGGCACGUCCUUGAUUCUCGUCCAUCUCAACUUCCACACAUACCUCAACCCCCCCAUACUCUAGACGACAUGCCAGCGCACGUCAAGUCGACUCUCAUCGGUGCGUCCAUCCAAGUGCCGUUGACGAACGGCAGGUUCAACCUUGGAACAUGGCAAGGCAUUUACUUGUGCGAACACCGCGACGUCGGGGGCUGGGGACACGGCCACAAUCGCAAGAUAGUUGUCACGUUGACCGGGUUGACAGGUUAACACGUUCAUUCGGUUGUGGCAUCGGCGCCGCGCACCUUGGCGCGUUCAAUGACUCCAUGCUCGAGGGGUUUGUUUUUAACGAUCUCAUUGGGGCCGUA